CUCUCGAAUUACUGUGUUAAUUUUUACACGUUAAAACUUUCGCGAAUAAUCGAAAAUUUUACGCACUUCUCAAUUUUUCUACAUUUCCUACAUUUUUAUAUAUUUUUCUAUUUCCUCAAAUUUUAUCAUAACUUAAUUGACUUCUUUCAUAUCUAUAUCUUGAACAUUUUUAAUAUUUCAAAAAAAAUGUAAGACUCGGAAAAGAUAAAAUAUUUUUAAUUGUGUUGAAUUAAUAUUGUGUAAUAUUAACUGUAUGAAAUAGAAUAAAAAGCAAAAAUUAAAUGUAACAAGCAACCGAAAAUAAAGAUGAACUAUCAUCGGCAAUAUGUUGGCUUGCUUUUGCAAGUAAUCCAUUUUAUCGCAAAUUGCCUCGCGGAAAAUUUAAUACUUAAUAUAAACUAUAAAAAACCGAUUGCCGUAACUAGUGAUGCGUUCCUCAGUUUUACAUUGGAUCCAGCAACGCUGCUGCUUAACACCGAUGCACUCACCAAGAAUAUCGAGAGAAGCACAAACAUGGCCCGAGGUUUGGUGCCUGCCUACAUUCGUCUUGGAGGACCACAAAGCUACUUUGACAUCUUCGAAAGAGCAUAUUUACAUGAUGUCGAUUACGCUGAUGUUGAUUCAAAUGACAUGCUUUUUGAAAAGCAAUGGACACUGAUACCCGAAUGGGCGAAAAACGUGGGAUUAGAUUUAAUCGUAUCCAUCGCACCUCGAUAUAUCGAGAAUGGAUCAGAAAAGGAUUCCAAAAAUUCAACGAAUAUAACAGAGCUUCUCUCUUUUAGCGAUUUCAUGGGUUAUAACAUCAGCUGGCAAUUGGGCUAUGAAUGCCAAACUAAAUGCAAUCUAUCCGGUGGAGAUCUAGGACAAUAUGUCGCAAAUUUUCGUGAGAUACUGAAGACCUUCCCGAGAUAUUCAAAUAGCUUAAUCACGGGGCCAGAUAUCGUGACUUAUAAAACAGAACAAGAACAGAAAUAUCUUCAAGAUUAUCUGAAUUCAGCAGAUACUGCGCUUUCAGUGAUUACAUGGCAUCCCAAUUUCGCUAGUGUCUCUUUAAAUAAUGACAGCGUUUCCAUGCAUUACGAUAAUAUGAUUGCUGAUAAAAACGAGCUAUAUAAAAUCAUCAGUCGUACGGCGAGAAAAAAACCGUUAUGGAUUGCGGAAUCAAAACCCGAAAAGUUUAAACACGAAUAUCUAGGAGCGCUUAUUUGGACGACAAGACUUGGAAAUGCUGCAAAACUCGGUGUACAAGUUUUAAUGAGACAACCAUCAAAUUUUUAUAAAGCAACUCCUGAUUACUGGGUCUCUUUAUUGCACAAGACUUUAGUAGGACGCCAAGUUUUGGAGCUGAACGUACAUUCAAACAACGAAAGUUAUGUGCAUUUGUACAGCCAAUGUACGAAACCUUCUGCAUUAUACGAUAAAGGAGCUAUUACUAUUUUUGGUAUAAAUUUGACACCGAAAGAAAUCACAGCUAAUGUAAAAGGCCUCAAAAUUGAAACUCUUCAUCAAUACAUUCUGUCACCAGAUUUCAAAACUGGCAACAACAAAAUGCUUUCAGAAAAAGUCUUGUUAAAUAAUAAACCACUCGAUUUAAUAAACGAUAAGAAGUUACCUAAUCUCAAUCCAGAGAUCAUUUUCAAGCCUGAUGGACUUGAAUUAAAGCUCUCUUCUGGGAACAUAGGAUUCUGGGUUAUACCUAAUGCAAAGGUAAAAGCUUGCGAUUAUUCUGAAGAGAAAAUAACCGAAAAUAUUAUAGAAAAAAGAUUAUGGAAACGACAUAAAAAUAUCAUUCAACAAGACAAUCAAGAAAGAAAGAUUAAUGACAUGAAACAUUAUCAGCGUUCAAUGCAAGAAUCUAAAAGAAUAAAGAGAGAUAUCGGCAGGAAAUUAAUCGAGAUAGCCCCGAGGAUGGACAAUGUUUUGAAAAAACGUUCAAGAUUUGACAACAUGAAAGAUAAUAAUAUGAAUGAGAGGAAGAUGAAGCGGAAGGACGAUUUUAGACGAGAUGAAUUGUUGACACCAUUCAAUCCAAGGAUCACCGACAGCGGCGAGAAUAAUUUCUAUGGCUUCUUUCGACGUAAUCCUAUCAAAGGAUUCCCCGAAAGCGACAUUUUUAUCACCACGGGAGACUCGUCGGAGCAAAAUAACAAAGAUUACGAUUAUGUUCAAGAUGAAAACGAUGAGAAUGAUUCAACGGUGAAGAAUAUGUACCAUAUAAAAGAAUUGAUGCAAAAACAUGCAGAAGAUAAUACAUGGAUAGAAAUGGAAAAUGAUCACGUACCUAACGAGUUCUUUGAAAAUGUCAAGUUCUUUAAUACAAGAAUCAAAGAAAAUCCGCAUAGCUAUGGCGAUCUGUUGGAAGCAGAAUUUUUCCCACAAGAGUUACCCGAUAAGAAAAAGGAAAAACGAGCUGUAGAAAAGGACAUGCAAAAAUUGGUUAAUUACUAUGAUUUCAAAGAACAUGAUCGUGACACAAAACAUAAAGCACUAGAUCUUGCUUUGAAACGCUCUUCGAUGCCAUUGAGUCAAUUUGUCGAAGCUCCAAUUUACAUCGAUCAUCAAGCAUCAAACAUAAAACCUGAAAAAACCAAACUUAAAGUAGAAUCAGAAUUAAAAGCUUCGAGUUUCUUUUAUCAACCUUCUCAAAUUGCCACUGUAAAUUCUAAUUACAACAAUUACAAUACUAAAAAUACGAGACACGAGGAAACCAAAGUAAAUAAAGAAAAGAUUUUGACUGCGAAUAUAUCAAACAGUAAAAAUAAUAAUAAUACCGAAAUAAUUAAGUUUUCUCGACCUGCUGAUAUAAAUACGAAAUACCCUAUUUUUCAUAAUAAAAGUAAUCAAGCAAAAAUUCAAAAAAUCCUUGCUGAAGAAAUGAUUAAAGAAAACAAAGAAAAUACGAAAGAUUGCCAUUGCAGAAUUAUCCGAGCCUCCCAAUUGUCGAAGAAGCUUUGCAAUUGUCGUGUAAAACGCGACAAUCAAAUAUUUGCAGAUUCUUCUUCGGAAAUAAAAAGUGUAGAGAGCGCGCAAUCAGAGGAAUACGUUGAAAAUUCUAUGGCGAAAGAAGAAUACGAGAAUAUUAUAGCGGGAGAGAUACUCCCAAGUACUAGCGUCAUCGAAUCCGAUUAUGAAGAACAUGAUAUAACUACAGAAACUAUAACCACAGAAUCAAGUACGUUGGAUUAUAGACCAAGCUAUGAAACGCAGACAAUCGAUGUAAAUCAUUCGACAUCAAUAAUGGAUAAUUCUGAAAUAAAUAAUAUUUCGGAACAGUAUCAUAACGUUGAGAAAUCUAAUACCAAGAAGCUUAUGAUAAAUUCAGAAUUUUCUCCAAGUAAUGGAGAAGAUUCAAAUAACAAUGAUAUUGUUAACAAUGACAUUACCAAAGAAAUGUUUUUUCGUACCAAACCACCAAACGUUCAAUCAGAAAACGAGGCAACGACGUAUGAUCCUUUUCAGAUUGUUUCCAAGAUAUUUUCGGAUAAUAAAAGCAAUUCGCAAGAAUUUAUUGCCUCCACGACUGAAUACGCACAGGAAACGCCCCGUGAAAAAACGCAAAAUCUCAUUAACAAGAAGAAAAGAACCGAUAGUUAUUCAAGAAUUACCAAAAAUCAGAAAAACGAAGAAUGGCGCGACAAUAACUAUAAAAAUAGUUUAAAGUCAACAAAUUUUGUUGAAACAACGCAAAGAAUUGCCGAAGAGCAGAUGACGACGGAAACAAUUUUAUCUAAGCAGAUAACAGGUGCAGCAAUUGAUAAUUCAGAAUCGAACGAGUCAAAAAUAAAACCAGAUGAUAAUAUAAAACAAAAUAUAGAAGAUAAUCAAAAUAAAGACAAUCAAGAUAUUGAAUCUGAAGUUGAGACACAGUUAAAGAAAAAUAUUCGCACAAAGAAAUUGAAAAAUAUAUUUCGCACAGCGCCAUUGAGAGAACAUGUCAGACGUGAGGAAUAUUUGAAUAGACGUACCGAGCAGACCAAUAACUUGAAGGAAAAGCUGUACGCGAGACGGAAGAGAUUGUUACAACAAUAUCGCCAAGAACUAACAAAGAUUGCCGACGAACAGAAGCGGAAUCUGAAGAGAAGAGAAACGUGGGAGAGAUUUCGCGAGAAUGAUGAUUUUCGUCAUCUAAUCGAUCAAGGAGAGUUUGUUGGCAUUCUAAUUGACAACGACAAGGAUAAUAAUAAAAAUGAAAUUCCUGUCAAACUUGUCCCCAAACAUAAUGAAAAUAUUCCAGAUCAAAUAUAUGCACUUGCGAAAGUAAAGGAAGAACGUUAUCCGAAAUAUAAUAAAUAUUAUCAGUUUCCUCGACACUUAAAAGUAACUGAAGAUGAUGAAGAUUCAACAUUUAUAUCUUCAGAUCGCAAGUAUAAUCAAUAUUAUGAGCCUCUUCCUAGAAUAAUUAAAAAUGAACAGCAACUAGCAAAAGCGUCUAGAUUUUUAGAUCAUGAUCAUUAUUUCGAAAAAUUAAUUGGAGAUGAGCAAGAAUCAAAAGCAGCUUCUAAAUCUUAUGAUUGUAGAAUCUUUACAAUUGAUCCUUCAACAUACCGUGGCGGCGAGCCGAUAUUACAACAAUUGUAUGAGAACGAUUCAAAACUUCCGAAGUAUUAUUCAGAAAUUAAAUUCAAAAAUCAAAAUCCAAUUCCAAGAUGGAUCUAUCAAGUUCUUUCAAAAUCGACACUAAACGAAGACCAACAUCAAGCUUCCAAGUUACAAGAAUAUAUGAAAAAAACAUCUUUUAAAAAUGAUCAAGAAAAUGCUGAUGUCAUAUAUAUUUUUGAUACACAAAAACAACUUGACCGACCAAACGGUCUCGAAUUAAAUAAUAUUUAUAGAAAUCUUGAAGCAGAGCAUGAUAACUUAGAUAUGUCUAUAACAGAUAAAGAAAUGAAAUCGACAAAAGAUGUGAGACUUGGAAAAUAUAUAAAAAAUAAAAAAUUUGUCGAUUCUCAUGAAAAGGAAGAUAUAUUAAAUGUUGAAAAAACUGAAGGUACUAAAAAUGUUGAAAAAUUUGUGAAUUCUAAAAAUAUUGAUAUGGAUAAAGAAGAAAUGUUAAAUAUAAGAAAAUUUAAGAGUAUUACAGAGUCAGAAUCUAAAACGGAACAUUUAAAUAAUAAAAGAAAAAAUAUAGCAAAGAAUAUAUAUAAAAUAGCUAACGAUACUCAAGAAAUUAAUAAUUUAAAUGAGAAGAUAAAAAAUGAUAUAAAUACUGAGAUGUUUAACGAUAAUGAAGCAACCAAAGAUGUUAAAAAAAUUACUGAUAACAAUUCUGAAUUAAGCAAAUUUGGAAAAGGAAAUGCAAGAAGACGAAGAGAUGUUAAAAAACAAGGGAGCGACGAAUAUCUAAAGCGAUUGUUACAUUUUUUAUUGACAAAAACAAACACACGAGACGGAUCAAAUUAUGACACGUACGAUCACUUGAAAGAAGACUCAAAGGAAAUAUUUAGUAAACAACCAAUCCCACUUUAUUCGUUGACAAAAAAUGAUGAAUCGGAAUUAAGCACCGUCCCAUUUCAAAAAUUAAAAAAUUGCUUGGUUUCCUCGGAAAGAGACUUGGAAAUCGAUCAGCAAGAUGAGAAAGAAUAUAAGUCACCAAAGUAUAUCGUCUUUAUACCGAUUAAAGACAAGAAUUCGUAUCAGAUGUUAAAAGUGAAAGAUUAUGAUGAUUUGUUAGAACAUAUCGAGACUCCUUAUUCUGAUGAAAAUCAAUAUUUUCCACGAAAAAUAUCAGAUUCAAUAAUGGAAUAUUCAGAUGACGAAUCUUCAGAAGAACUUGUAUAUGAAGAUUUAUCGAAUCUGCUAAAUGAGAGAAUUGAAAAUAUUCCAGAUAAAAAAAUUUAUUCAGAAAGUGUGCAGGAUGUUUCUGUAGAUAUCAAAGAUAGUGGGAUUAACGAUAAAUCAGAAAAGGAAAAUGAACAAUAUAAAAGCAAAGAAAGAUAUUUAGAAAUGAAAAACCAAAUGCGAUCUGAUGAAUGUGGAAUGUUUUUACUAUUUCCCUGGAAAGAAAAUGAGAAGAAAAUAAGGCAGCGAAGAGAGAUCAGAAACAGAAUCAAUGGAGGCAUAAAUCAAAUAGAAGGCGAGGUAAAUAUUCUCUUAACAUAA